CUCGAACAGAUUGUCUUCCUUGACAAAGCUUUAUAAUUUGCAUUUCUAUUGGCCGUCAGUUUGGCUAACGAUGGUGCGUCUUCUCCCAGCUCUGAUUCUCGCCGCUCUUGCGAGUAACUUGGAUGUGAUUUUUCUCGAAAGUCGAAAGGAGUUAAGAAUCAAGCAGGUCAUCCAAGACAAAGACGUGAAGCUUGGUCAGCGAAUGAAGUCAACUAUGCCUGAUCCGACUCAAGUCAUUCAACUAUCAUGGCAGCCAAGGUCAGGGUCUUUUUAUACAAAGAUUUCCUAUCAGAGGAAGAAUGUGAUCACUUAAUGGAUCUGGUUCAUGCCAAGCAUAACAGUAAUGUGGAGAAGGUGACAACUGGAUGAAAUUGUUGCUGGGAUCGAAGAAAGAAUUUCAGCUUGGACCUUUUUGCCCAAAGAGAACGGCAAGUCCUUAAAGGUUUUGCAUAAUGAAUUCGAAGAUCCUGAGAAAAAGUACAGUUAUUUUGAUAAUAAUUCCACUGAAGUGAAAGAUGCACCUCUAAUGGCCACCGUCAUUUUAUACCUCUCCAACAUCACUGCUGGCGGGCACAUCCUUUUCACCGAAUCAAGGAGCAAGGUAUGGUCCAAAUCCAAUUGCAGGGAGAGUAGUAACUCCGUCAGACCUACUAAAGGAAAUGCACUGUUAUUUUUUAAUGUCAAUCUUAACGUGACUCCGGACUACACUAGUACUCAUGUCAGAUGUGCUGUCGUUGAGGGUGAAAUGGCGUACGCUAUAAAGUUGUUCUAUCCCACAGCUGUUACUAGAGAAAAAGAGGAUCCAAUUGGGAUCACCUCUACCGCUUGCAUGGAUGAAGAUGAUAGUUGCCCUCGCUGGGCUGACAUUGGGGAGUGUGAUAGAAAUCCUGUUUUCAUGGUUGGUUCUCCUGAUUACUAUGGUACGUGUCGAAAAAGUUGCAAUGCAUGCUAAUAGGGUGGUCUCUAAUUGUAAUGUGUUCUGUGUUGCUACUAAUACUCAUUUGUUUAUGCUUUCAUGAUGCCACUUCUUACAUAGGAAAGAAUCAAAACCCAUUUUGUACAUAUGUAUAGCUGUUAUUCAUGUAUGUAUUUCAAUUGUACUUUUUAUUAUUGCAUUGAAGUACCAGAAAGUUUUAGGUGAAGUGAAAACAUCUA